AAUGUAUCGCCCCUGCAUGAGGAAUACUGUGCUUGGCAAGGCAUGUGGACUAAUCGUUAUAUUUGUUGCGGCAGGCAACUGAACCCUGCAAGGCUCUACUUUUCGUUGGCACCACGUGGUGUAAAUGUAAAUGGCACAUGUGAGCGUGGGAUUGAUUGAACCGUCUGCUUUCAACCUGUGCAUGGAGAAGUUCAGGGUUUUAUGCAGUGGCCCAGCUGCGCCCAUUGUUUAUGCUCAUUUAACCCAGAACGUUCACCCAACUGUACAUGUUUUUGGCAGGAGACCCAAGUCUUUGGAUUUGGUGUUUAUAACAUGGUGAAUGUUCUUGCACAGAUGGAUCAUUCUUUCUACAAGCUUUAGGUUUGUAGACGACUGGGCAUUAUAGAAGUUGAUUACUUCGGACUCCAGUUCACAGGCAGCAAAGGGGAGAAUUUGUGGCUGAAUUUGCGAAAUAGAAUAUCCCAGCAGAUGGAUGGUCUGCCUCCUUACAGACUGAAACUACGUGUCAAGUUCUUUGUGGAGCCCCAUCUUAUAUUGCAAGAACAGACAAGGCACAUGUUUUUCUUGCAUAUAGAGGAGGAUCUUCUGGCUGGUAAUCUUCAGUGUUCUUCUGAACAUGCAAUUGAACUUAGUGCACUACUUGCCCAGUUGAAGUUUGGUGAUUAUAAUCAAAAUACUGCCAAAUAUCAUUAUGAAGAGUUCUGUGCAAAGGAGCUUACCACUACUGUUUUGGACAGUAUUACUGCAAAGCAUAAGGAACUUGAAGGCCUUACCCAAGCUUCAGCAGAGUAUCAAGUUUUACAGAUUGUGUCAACACUGGAGAACUAUGGGGUGGAAUGGCAUUCUGUUAGAGACAGUGAAGGGCAGAAACUUUUUAUUGGAAUUGGUCCUGAGGGUAUUGCCAUGUGUAAAGAUGACUUCACUCCCAUCAACAGGAUUGCAUACCCAGUUGUUCAGAUGGCAACGCAGUCUGGAAAGAAUGUGUACUUGACUGUCACAAAGGAAUCUGGCAAUAGCAUAGUUCACCUUUUCAAGAUGGUCAGCACCAGAGCAGCUAGUGGACUGUACAGAGCGAUAACAGAAACACAUGCAUUUUACAGGUGUGACACUGUUACUAGUGCUGUUAUGAUGCAGUACAGUCGAGACUUAAAGGGCCAUUUAGCAUCCUUGUUCCUGAAUGAGAAUAUUAAUCUCGGCAAAAAGUAUGUGUUUGAUAUUAAGCGGACAUCUAAGGAAGCUUAUGAUCAUGCAAGGCGAGCCCUUUACAAUGCUGGCAUUGUGGAUCUUGUUUCGAGAAGCGACCAGAGCCCACCCAGUUCUCCCCUUAAGUCUUCAGAAAGCAGUAUGAACUGUGAUAGCUGUGAAGGUCUCAACUGCCAGCAGAUGAAAGCUCUUCAAGAAAAGUUACGGAAGCUUAAAGAAUCCCUACUAUGUAUGGUAUGCUGUGAAGAAGAAAUAAAUUCAACAUUUUGUCCAUGUGGUCACACCGUGUGCUGUGAGUCAUGUGCUGCACAAUUACAGUCAUGUCCAGUUUGCAGAUCUCGAGUAGAGCACGUCCAGCAUGUGUAUUUGCCUACCCACACCAGCCUGCUUAAUCUGACCGUAAUCUGACCUCCAUGUUAUCACUGGAAGAUGUACACUAUACAAGCUUCUAAACUAUCUUGUACUUCCAAAAUACUGCACUAAUGUUUUCUCCGACUCCAUUGAUGGUGAAGGUGAGCAGUCACUUCAGCAUCUGCCAGCAAUUAUAGUCAAAGCGACCGCAACAAAACUAUGGGGGGAGGGAGGGGAGAAUAGGGAACGAUCUCUGUUUAGAGAAUUUGUUUUAUGGGUAUACUGUGAAUGACUUGUAGACAACCUCAUGUCACAUGAAGCAACAUUUAUUUAUAAAAUGGCAAUAUACA